AUGGGGGCGUCGAUGUCGACGUCGCGGCAGGAGACGCCGCCGUCCGACUCGUCGCGCGCCGGAGACGGCGGGGCCGUGGCGGUGGUGGCGAGCAGCGCUGCCUCUGGUACUGGUAGCAACAGCAACCAGGCCCAGUCGAAGAGGGCGCCGCUUCCUCACAAGUUCCAUGAGAUAGUUGCGCAGGCCGCGACGGGCGUCACUGCUGCGGCUGCAGCCGAACUGGAGGAUCAGGCGUACAGCACAGGGGUCUACCUGGCUGGAAAAACGAAGAAGUACUGGGUGCACGAGAAAACCAGGUGCAACUGCUUCAUGCUGUUCGCGAGAGCACUGUCCAUCACUUGGAGCGAUGAUCCCAGAUACUGGAUCUGGCAUCCCGUCAAAGAAACAAACGACUCCGAGAUCGAGGCUGCGUCGCUGCAGAACGUGUGCUGGCUGGAGGUGCACGGGAAGCUGGAGCUGUCGCACCUCACGCCGGGGGCCAGCUACGACGUCGUCUUCCAGGUGAUGCUCACGGAGCCGGCGUACGGGUGGUCCGUGCCGGUGAACCUGCGGCUCAGGUUCCCCGACGGCACGGUGCAGGAGCGGAAGGAGAAGCUGCAGGAGAGGCCCACGAAGCAGUGGCUGGAGCUCAAGGCCGGGGAGGUGAAGGCGCAGCCGGGGGGAGUGGGACACAGCGGCGAGCUGGAGAUCUCCCUGUUUGAGUACGACGGUGGGCUCUGGAAGAAGGGGCUCCUCAUCAAGGGCGUCAAGAUCGUCCCAAAGGAGUGA